AUGAAUAAGGGUAUUCGGUCCGAGUCAAUCACCCCACCUACCUCCCCCGAGAAAUUUGACUUGUCUCGGGAAAUAAGAGUGGAGGGGGUUGUAGUAGUCAAUGUUGUAUCGUCACGCUUAGAUCCCUCGGCGAUACCCGACGCCAUAUCCCUUCCCACUUCGUCAGAUGAGUCGAUAUCAGCGGGGGAGGAGGAGCAUUGUCCUUAUCCGUGGGAGGUUUCAAUUGCCUUUCCACCUGUACAUAAUAGUUACUUAGAUAUUUAUUUGAACAGUGGUUCCGUCCGAAUAAUGUCCGAGGGAGAGGACCAGACGUCUUCUAGUUUCGAUGAUUAUCCUGCGCCCGAUCCCGCCGGGGGUCCGGGUAAUUUUUAUCUCAAGCCUUCGUGGAGGAAAACCUUGAAAGGACAUGUCGAUCACCUGAAUAAAAAGUAUUCGCUCAAGGGUGAGUAUAUCUUGUAUAGGCCGGGGGUGUUACACACUAUCUUGACCCCGUCCCCGGGUUGUACGGCCGUAUACAAGUCGGGUCUUCAGCUGGGUCUUCGAUUCCCCUUACAUCCCUUUAUUGUUGAAUUGCUUAGUGCCUAUAACUUGUCUAUCUGCCAGUUGAUGCCCAACUCAUGGGCUUCUAUAAAUUCGGUGUUGGCCAUUUGUGAUCUUUUGAGGGUUCGAUGUACUUUGACGUUGUGGCGGUCGGUGAUGAAGUUGGUGGAAGUAUCAUCUUAUGAGUAUGGUCCCGGUUGGUGGUCAUUCCAAUGCCGAGGUGGUUUUAAGGUCGUUGACACCGUUCCUUCAAAUCAUAGGGGUUUCCGCCACGAGUUUGUUUUUGUGUAUUAUGGUGGAGAGUGGGGCAUCCCGUUGGUUCCGGGGUCCGAGGGUCCGAACUUUUCCCUCAAUAGGAAAGUGCCGAUGAUGUCGAUAGAUGAGGCGAUAGUUGCUAUAUAUCUCCAGAAAGUGGAGAAGCGGGUAAAGGGUCAGCGGUUCCUGGUUGCCCCAUUCUGGUUGCCGAGUUCACGGGAGUUGAGUGACGAGCACUUCUUGUCAUCAUUUGGUUUGAGUCCGGCUUAUCCUAAGGAUAUUGCCCGGUUGAAGUUGGACGAGGAAAUGGCGGGGAGGAUUAGUGCUAGUGCUCUUCUUGCCGCACAGAUAAGGAAGGACCUGGCCGCUGGAUCGAUGAAGGUUCCUGAACCUCCGAAGGAUCCCAAAAAGCUGAAGAGGAAAAGGGCGCCUACUGAUCUGGUUCCGACGGUCGCUCUGACCGAACAUGCGCCGAAGAAGGUUUCUCGCGCUGUGUCGACGACUGCUGCUUCGGGGUCCAAAGGAUCAAAAGCUGCCAAGAGAGUGGUUCCUACCCCUCUUAGGAGCUUCCUUCCAAUCUGA